UCUAGUUCCCAUGACUACAAGGUCUCCCACGUUUAUUGUGUACAUUUUCACGAUUUACUUCUUGAUAGGCAUCUAGCGUUGUUCAAAACUCUAAUUUUCUUUGCAUAUCAAGGGAAACCCUCAUUUUUUAAAGAAUACGACCGAAGAGAAAUCAUGGGCGAGACGAAACCAAGUGCAGGAAAAGCAGGUGCUAGUUUAAACUUUGUCGCAAACGACCAGAUUUGGAAAGAUCACAUCAAGUAUGAAAUAGAUGCUGCACGCCGAUGGCCAAAUGACUGGGGAUUCCUCCGGACAAGUUACAAUGAUUUGGUAAAAGAUGACUUCCAGAAGCGAGAGAUUAAAAAGAUCGAGCUUCCCCCACCCCUGACGUUGCCACCUAUCACCCCCAUCUCAAGAUACAUCACAGUCCUACCUUCACCUAAGCCCUUCCCUCAGACCUCCAGUGCUUCCAUUGGCUGGAGAUCAGGGUACCAGGAGCACCGGCUUGAGAAGUAUGGGUCGUAUGCCCGGCCCAAGGGAGGACUUGUUAAGCAACUCAAUUGGCCAGCGGAAGGAAUUGAGUAGCUGCCCCAUACACCAGCUGGUACAUGGAGCGGGAAAAACUACUUGGAGUCAGUGAUAAUUAAUAUUACCCUUGAUGGACACAAGGAAGUGUUUCUCAAAAAGACUUAGGAGACAAAGGGUCUGCUGGAGGUAUAAAUACGGAGAACAUAUUUUUAUUACUGUUGAAAUGUAUCACUGUAUUCACUGCCAGUGUAGUUUGGUAAAGAAUGGAUCAUGAAAUAAUUAAUCAUCCUAUUGCAAGAUCUGUAUGUACACACGGUACAAAGAAAGCUUCCACAUAAAUUAGGUACCAUUAUCAAAUCUCCAAACUUCUGCUGUUAACCAUUCUAAUCUUGCUGGCCUUUUUUAUUCUCCCCAAGUGAAUAUUUAGUGGAAUACCGUGUUAGAGUCAUCGACAAUAUGGGGAGCUCAAGAGUCAAUACACACUCUCCCACACCAUAGUUGUGGGGACGUACACUCAACAUUUCACCUAUUUUGUGGGAUCAAAAAUGUUGUGGGGACACAGAAAUGUCCCCCGCAACUCGGUUCUAAUUUCCCUAACAAAAGAACAGUGAAUGCCUACCUAUGUCACAACCUUGCUUUGAAUUUCAGUUACAUUAAUACUGUCUGGCUAUUAGUAUCGACUGGUUGAAGGAUUUAAUGAUUUCGGACUCAAGAAUGGUUGAAACUGAAGUAGUAAAAACAUAGGAGAAAAGUGUCGAUUCCAUUUAAGUGUUUCUAUUAAAGAUGAAUUAAUCAACAUAAUGCA